UCUCUCUCUCUCUCUAACAAUCUGCCCACAUUCAUUAAUCAAAUUUCUUAGAUAUUUAUUUAUUAUAAACCUGUAUAAAUACCCCACACAUGCAGCCAGUCUUUUAUAUCAUAUGCCCUAGCUGGAUCACUUAACUAGCUGAGCUGCUGCUCUAAUUUUAUGCCUCACUUUCACUUUCACCUCCAAACCCCCCCUCUUUCUCUCUCUCUCUCACACACACACACACAUACAAGACAGAUCGAUAUAUUCAUAAAUAUAUGUAUGUAUGUAUAGCAUGGCGGAACUGGACUGCCCAAACAAGGCCAGCACAAUUAGUAAUAAUGGGCGCUUAAAGCUCUUUGGCUUCGACGUGAUCGAAGAUCAAGAAGAGGUAGUUGACUCCUCCACCACCACCAAGACGCCAUCGCCAUCGGGAUCGAUAUCGCCGUCCUCCGACGGGCACGGGCGGAAGUAUGAGUGCCAGUACUGCUGCCGUGAAUUUGCCAACUCACAGGCCCUCGGCGGCCACCAAAACGCCCACAAGAAGGAGAGGCAGCAGCUCAAGCGGGCUCAGCUGCAGGCCAGCCGCAACGCCGCCGUCUCCUACAUGCGCAACCCUAUGGCAUCGGCCUUCGCCCCUCCCGCACACCUUCUCGCCGUCGUUCCCGGUCCUUCCCCGGGCCCGUCGUGGGUCUACGUCCCACGCGCGCAUGGGAGCGUGUUUCCGUCGACCUCGAGGGCCGGGAGCUGCGUAGUUGGUGAUUCCAGCCUCACCACGAGUAGUGUCGGGCCCGGGUCCCACCCGCACCCGCCGAUCAAGGCCCAGCCCCAUAAUGGAAGAGGAGGAACACCAAUUGCAAGACUUGUUGAUACUCCAGGCUCAGGCUCAGGCUCAGGCCCAGCCACCUCCCCCCCGUCUCUUAGUAGAUUCUCAAGACCCGAUGAUCAAGACGGGAUCGGCCUCGGCCUCGAUCUGCACCUUAGCUUGGCUCCAGCCGCGCCGUGAGCCGCCAAUUUCAAUUUGUCCCCCAACCCCACUAGAUGACCGAUGGAUGGAUGGAUCUUAACUAGGCUUAGCUAUCUAGCUAGCUUGCUUUGUACAUUUUCAUAAUUAUUUAUUUAUUUAUUUUUCCACACUGAAAACCUUUUUCCUGCUGCUAUAAUCCACCGAUUUCCGAGUUCUAGAUAUAUUCAAUGUCCUGUAAUUCUAAUUCCAGUCGCAUUUGGAUCCGUGUACAUACAUUUAUGAUCAGUAUAAAAUGAUUAGAUAUUGUC